AUGCAAGAGUACGCCUGUUUACUCAGCGAAAAGAAAAAGCCAUUCGCCCAUGACUCACGGAUUCAUCAAGGCCAGCAGCAAGAAGCAGACCAGCUCAAGGACGGGCAGGUAGGGUUGCUGGCAGGAGAAAUACUGAAAGAAGUAGGCUUCUUAGCAGAUAAAAUAUGCCUCGGGGACGUGGCCGGCGAGUCUGAUAGUACAUACUACAUUUACACGCCUUUCCUCGGGAAAAUAAGCUCUAAACCCCUCUCAAUAACAAGUGAGUCUGCACCAUGUGUAUGGCGGCAACAGCCGUCCAAGCCGUGCCACAAGUUGCACGCUGGACCGAAUCCCCGUACGUGUUCCAGCGCACAUACUCGUAUUGCGCGUCGCCAGCGAACUACAGAUGACGACCAGUGGAUAAGCGAGAUCGCAGCAGGGCUUGGUUGGCAACUUGCUCGCCAAAUCAACUUCGAUGCUCUCCUUAACGGUGAAGAAUACUCGGCAGACCAUCCCGAUCUAGUCACCGAUGGCUGGACUCAGGUUGCGCGCGUCUCUUUGGGCCUUAUCGCGGGGCCGCCACGAGUACGAGAGCCCGUAGUGAAGGACGCAGCCACGGCGAAGCAACCAAGUACGUAUAGCCGUUUUACAUCAUGUGGUGUAAAAGACCCACCUUCCAGGAUGAGUACCUACCUAUUUCCAAUCAGCCGCAUGUCACGCUUAUGGACACGGAUGGCAAGGCUUGACGUGUUGAUUCUUGCCACGGGCUUCCUGCUGGUAAUAGUGGAAGGCGUAGCGCCUGUUGAGCUCUUCGGUAAACCUGUUGCGGACCGUGGCAGCCGUCAUCUCAAGGACAAAUAUGGGUAUCCUGAUUUUGGUGCAUCGCAUCGCAUGGCUACGAAUAACUUCCUCGGUCUUGGUGGCGGGCCGGGCUCACUAAAUCUCACUGUCAUUUUUUGA